GAGGCUCGCCCCAUUUGGUUCAAGAGGAUUUGUGCCUAAUCGGGACGAUUAGGCUUUAGUGGAGGGCAGUGUUACAAAAGUAGUAUUAAGUUAUAUUUGUAUUACUAUAUGCAUCCCUGAUUAUGAACAAUAGCUGUAGGUAUAUGGAAUAGCAUUUGUCUUGUUGUAGACAUCUGGCGCCACGGCUGUCUGCUCGUCGAAACAAUAGACAUCUGGCGCCGCACUGUCUGCUUGUCUAGUUAAACAAUUGCUGAGUCUGGCGCCGUAUAGCCGUAUGUUCUGGUAAUUUCCAGACGCGAUAUUCUAGAAGGACACGUCGGCAUCAGCGAGAAGUGCGUGGCUAUAGCCGUAUGUUCUGGUAAUUUCCAGACGCGAUAUUCUAGAAGGACACGUCGGCAUCAGCGAGAAGUGCGUGGCUAUAUAAGCCGUGGCAGCGCCAACGUAAUCAAUCAGUGCUAAGAGUAAACUGCUAUAGUGUAGACGAGUUGUGAAAUAAAGAGUUGUUGAAUUAAAUUAAACAGUGUUGAUUUUAUUUGUCAAUCCAGAGAUACGAACCUAACAAAGUAAACUAGCAAGAGUAAAUUCGUAACAAUUGGUGUCAGAAGUGGGAUUGUCAAAUAAUCCAAAUUCAAGAUGGUUAAAUUCGGAGAAUUGAGAAUUCAGCAAUUAAAAAAGGAACUGGAGGAGCGUAAUUUGCCGAUAAGCGGGCAAAAGGCGGAUCUGCAGGCACGAUUACGUGAAGCAAUGGAAGCGGAUGGAAUUAAUGUGGACGAGUUCGAAUUUGUUGGGCCAGAAACUUCUACAAAGGUAGAAGAGAAAGUAGAAGAACAACGAACAUCAUCAAGUGUAGACAUGAACACGUUGUUAGUGGCUAUCAAGCAAAUGGCAGAAAAUGCAGUGCAAACAGAAAAUCGUCUGGCACAGCAAAUAGCUGAAAAUACAUCGCAGUUAAAGUCUUGCCUUACACAACAAAUGACUGAAAAUAAUACGCAGUUAGAAAAGCGUUUGGUACAACAGAUUACAGAAAAUAAUACACAAGUGCAAGAGAAAUUUACAAAAUUUGAAGACGAAUUAAGCACAAUAAAAAAUGACGAAGAAAAUUUAAGAUCAGAAUUUCUUCAACUGAGUAAUCGUAUGCGAGAACUGCAACUGCAUGGCCCUGCACCAUCAACAAAUAAUCCAAGAUUGAAGGCACCCACAUUCGAUGGAAGUAUUCCAUUUCAAAUUUUCAAACUUCAGUUUGAAAAGACAGCAAUGGCCAAUAACUGGAAUGCAGCGGACAAAGUGGCGUCCUUGUUUGUAUCAUUGAAAGGGCCUGCGGCAGAAAUCCUUCAGACUAUUCCAGACUGUGAACGGGACAACUAUGAGGCAUUGAUGAGUGCGAUAGAAAGACGAUAUGGUAGUGAGCACCGGAAACAAAUAUACCAGAUCGAACUGCAAAAUAGGGGUCAGAAAAUGAACGAGUCAUUGCAAGAGUUCGCAACUGAAAUAGAACGACUGGCUCAUUUGGCAAAUGCAGAUGCACCUGUGGAUUACAUUGAGAGGGUAAAAAUUCAAUGUUUCAUAAAUGGAAUUCGUGAUGUGGACACCAAACGCGCCACAUAUGCAUUGCCAAAAAGAACGUUUGCUGAAACGGUUUCGCACGCCCUCACACAGGAAACAGCUUCCCUACUAAGUAAACCAGCACACAAGGUACAAAGGGUUGAAAUGGAACAACCGGCGCUGAUGGAAGAAAUAUUGAAGACUCUGAAGACAAUUGCUGCACCGCGAGUAAAUACAACAGGCAGAUGUUUCAACUGUGGAAAAGCGGGUCACUUUGCCCGAAAUUGCAAUAUAAAAGUAAACCCAUCAAAACGGAAACAACCAACAGAUAAUGAGGACGAAGCAUCCACAUCUCACAAGUCGUUAAACUAAAACGGAACAGUUCAAAGGGGCGUGAGCUGGUUCCCACAACUAUUUGCCCCGCCAUCUCGAUAUCACAAAUAGGUCGCCAUGACAACAAUCUUACUAUCAACGGCAUCGUAAAUGGACGACUGUCAACGCUUACUUUGGAUACUGGUGCCACACAUUCAAUUAUCAGACCGGAUGUGGUAAG